AAAUAGGUCUCCUGACCUCAAGGAGACUUCCUAGAUAAAUACGUGUUAAAUAUAAAAUAAAACGGUAUGUUGUGUAGACUAGGCCGAAUUCAGCCCAUGGGGAUAACAACAGUCUGUAUGUCUGUCUACUGUAGACUACAUUAAGCUUAGUAUGCUUCAGUAUGUGGUGCAGGGAAAGAGUUAAGUGUGACUCCUAUACAUGUUGUGUCAUGCUUAGGCAGCCAAACCAGUCCCUCUGUACAGUACCUCCUUCAAAUGAGAGCUGAAACCAGCACAGAUUCACACAAAGGGAAAUUCUCCCCCGGAGGCAGGAGGAACCCGUGGUUUUAGCAACAGUAACUACAACAGACAGGCUGGGACGGGUUCAGGGACAUCUGUUUAACAUAGUGGCAACCUCUGAGAACGGGAGAAGCCUUUCACUUUGAGAGAAAAGAGAGAGGGAGGGAGGAAAUACAGGGAGGGGACAACUAAGUGGGGGGAGAGAAUUUUUAUGGCCAUAUUUUGUGUGAACGAAAUUGAAAUUGCGCACUUUGUCAUCCGUAAUGUGGGUUACGUUCUAACCAGUCUCUUCUACUGACGGCAGUGUGUUUUACUGCUUCCUGGAUUUUCCUUUCCACAGAGACUGUAGCCAAUGUGAUAGAUUUAUAUUCAACAGAGGAAAAGUAGGCCUAUGAUUUCCCAAUAAGUAGCUUAGAAGUAACUCUAAACAACAUUAGAAUACCUUGAGCUCACUUUUCCUUUUGGUUCGGAUUUAAAGUUAAAUCAACGGAGGUGUCUCUACUCAUAGAAGACCUUUUACCCCGAUUUGGUUCAGAUUCAAACCAUCAGGGGUGUCUCACCAGUCUCCAAGAGCAGCUUUUGUUUUAUCACGAUGGGGUUGUUUUCCUGUUAAGAGGUGGUAGUUCACUGACAAAUCACCUACAGUAGCCCAGAGGAGAGGACCUCCCUAGCACCUGUGAACAUCUGUUCUUGAGGAAUAACUUACCCGAUGGCCAAUUUCCAACAAUCUCCGAUGGCAGCUGUCCAUUCAGAUAAAAUCGAAGAAGCACAGAAAGAACUGAAAGAUCCCAAAGCCAGUGCACAGAAAGGGAUCAGUGAGGGUGGUCGAACAAGUGCAGAUAACAUAAAGGGACUGAAGAGGAAAAAGGUUGUGACAGAGAACCAGCUCAAGAAAAUACCCAAAUCUCCUGUGAAGAAGCCCUUGCAGUCCAAGACCUCGUCCAAGGAGGCUGCGAACUCCUGCUCCAAUCCCGACAGCCCCUCUCGAAACCCUGCCAGCUCACCAAGCCGGAACAGAGAUACGGAGAACAUUCAGCCUGUUGCUGAAUCCUCUGAGGGACUGACAUCAUCCAUUGACAAUGAUAGACUGAAGCAGAGGGAAGUGUCUUCCUCAAAGCCACAGUCUCUUGAUCCGGUCAGUGGUAAAGAGGGGUCUGCCUCUGGUGUUGGGGAAUCUGAGCAGCUCAAGGACCGUAAGAGCGGCGAAACUGGAUGUGAAGGUGAAUCUACUUACCACGCCAGUGCUCCACUUGAGGUCUUGCUCAAGGCUAUGGAACCGGACUUCAGCUCCUUGGCAGAAAGAAACACACAUUUUCCAGUCACAUCUGUUGGAAAACCAAGUCAAACUCUUUCUGCCCAGUUUAUUAGUGAAUUGAAUGCUAUGCCAGCUGAACAUUUUGGACUCCAAACUCAGCCUGGCCAUAUGCAAUCUUACUUUGUAAAUAAACAAGAGAGCCUCACCACCGUGCAGGCCUCUACCCAGGCUACUCCCUUGCAGAAUUCACAGCAUGCUACACAGUAUUUCAGCAACCGGGAAAAGCCUGUCCUACAAAUGAGCUUCAGUACUGGGCCCUCUGCUGCCCAUACUCAUGCACCUGUUCCAUCUGGCUCCAAUUCCUUACCCAAGAGCCAGCCACCGGUGGUCCACACAUGCCAGUCCCUAUCUGCCAGUGUCCCCAGUACCAUUCAAGUCCCUGUUACACCUGGUUACAACCCAGUCCAUAUGGCCACAGUUGUGAACUUUGGUCUUGAACAGAUGUGUAGCAUCUCCCCAAAGCACCAGAAGCCUAAGAAGCAGGGGAAGUAUGUGUGUGAAUACUGCAGUCGACCAUGUGCAAAGCCCAGUGUGCUCCUCAAGCACAUCAGGUCCCACACAGGAGAACGUCCCUACCCAUGUGUUACAUGUGGCUUCUCAUUCAAGACCAAGAGCAAUCUGUACAAGCAUAAGAAAUCCCAUGCUCACGCAAUAAAACUGGGGCUUGUGGCACGUUCCGACUCUGGAACUGGGUCCCUCUCCGUGGAGUCUGACAAAGCACCCGGAACACAUUCAGAUGUAGAGGAAAGCGGGGACAGUGACGAGGAAAGUAGCACAGCGGAGCUGGACCCUGACUCGUCACAAAGUAGUGUUGCAGCAUUCUCUGAGAGCAGUUUGCAGAGUGCAGGCACAACACAAGGCAACCAUGGGGAUACAGGGGACCUAUCGGCUGUUUUCGAAACGCUUAAACCAACGACGAGUCAGAGGAGCUACGAGUCCAAAGGGACAGCUGGCCUCCCGAAAGUAGUCGUCUAUCCUGUUAAUGUCUUGCCUCAACGGGCAGACAGUCCAAGAGUUGCAGACUCUACCCCUGAGCAGGCUACUGCCCAAAGGCAAAGGGACUUCCAAACGGCACAUCUAAGAUCCAGCAUCACCGUCCUGUCGUCCUUGAAAGAGGUGGAUUGCACAAUCACCCUGCAGGAUGCAGGAAGUGAGGAUGAGGAUCAACAGUGUAGGUCCCCACCAGGAGGCGGACAUGGUCAGCUUCAAAGGCAGCAGGCCACAGACUUUUCUCAGCAGCAGCAGGGCAAGUGUCUGCUUAGUCCCCGCAGUUUAGGCAGCACUGACUCUGGGUAUUUCUCACGUUCUGAAAGCGCAGACCAGGCCAUGAGUCCCCCGAGUCCCUUUGUAAAGCUAACCCCACCAACAGACAUGGAUGUCACCAAAAAUGCACUUCCUAAUCUCCCUGCAGUGGUUGCCACUGUUAUGAAUGUGGCUUCCAUGGAGAAGCCACAUGUUGUGCAAGGACAAAUGCGUCCACCAUUAGUAACAAAGGCACUCUCUCUCGAGGAGCGGAUCUCAAAGUUAAUAUCAGACAAUGAGGCAGUGGUUGACGACAAACAGCUGGACAGUGUCAAACCAAGAAGGACUUCUCUUUCCAGGAGAGGUAGCAUAGACUCCCCCAAAUCUUAUAUAUUUAAAGACUCUUUUCAGUUUGACCUUAAGCCAAUGGCGAGAAGGUCAAGUUCCAGCUCAGACAUACCCAAGUCCCCAUUCACCCCCACAGAAAACUCUAAGCCAGUAUUGCUAUUGUCUGUACCUAAUCAGUAUCCACCGAUGGACUGUUUACCAAUAACAAGAAGUAAUUCUAUGCCCACAACUCCAGGGCACUCGGGUCUCCCACCAAACGUUACCCAACAACCCCACAUACUACGGAUCUGCCAGUCUUUUGAUGAAAAAAUGAGUUCCUUAAACGAUGAUGUGUUUUCAUCUGCUCCCUCUACCCCAAAUCCAGCAAUACAUUCUCGUACCCUUGUACGGCAAGUAGCAGUGGAACAUUUCUCCACAAGUGAGGUCCUUACCGCAGUCCGUUCCAUGGAUGAAGGUUACCAUGGUUCUAGCGUUUCCACUGUGACAAUGCAAAGGAGCAGGUCUUUUGAGCAUGCACAAGACCCAAACCGAAAGCCUCAGCAGAGCAAAGGCACAAUGUAUGAGUGUGAGACCUGUCGUAACCGAUACCGAAAACUAGAAAACUUUGAAAAUCACAAGAAAUUCUAUUGUUCAGAACUUCAUGGUCCGAAAAACAAGCUGAUGUCUGUCAGAGAGACUGAGCUGGAUGUUUUUCAGCGUGGCAUGCAGCAGCCAUUAGUCCCCAGAACAACAGGUAUUUCAGGCAUAAUGGACCAACAGCAAUCAAUUAGAAAAAGAAGGAAAAUGAAGAGUGUUGGUGACGAUGAUGACCAAUCACCAACUGACACUAAUCCCCCAUGCUCUGUUAGUUUUGAUUCUUGCCAACUAUCAACAGCCAGUUCAGGUCAGACAUUUUCUCAGCACGCUAUCAAGGUUGAUCUACUGCCUAAAAGCAACCCACCGCAAAUACCUCAAAUUCUGCUAAUAGCAGGAGUUACAGAUGCAACAGAAUCAAGACUGUCACCGAUCAGAGAAACCCAGGUUAACACCUCUGGUAAAGAAAGAGGCGACCUACAGAGGCAAGGCAGCGGUACAUCAGUUAUCAGACAUACCAACUCUCUAAGCAGGCCCAAUUCAUUUGAGAUCUCUGAACCUAUUGACAGAGCCUCUCCUGUUGAUUUCCUGGACAAAGAUGGCCAUAGCACAGGAAAAACUAAGGCAGACGCUACAGCCAAUCUUUCAUUAGAGAGCUAUCAUGAAAAGAUGUCCAUACCUAAAUGUGCCAACCAGGGAGGGAUGGAAAACCGUGUUGACCGCACAUUAGCAGCAGUGACUGAGAGCUGCGCUGCUGUCCAGCAGUCUCGCCUGGUUCGCCAGAACAACAUUCCUGAAAUCCUGGUCACAGAGGAACCUGAUCGUGAGCAUGACGGUCAUAGCACUGAGCAAGGGGAAAAGGCAGCAGAUACAUUCAACUGGCCCCAGAGGAGCGAGAGCCUGUCCAAGCUACCCACAGAGAAGCUUCCACCCAAGAAGAAGAGAAUCCGUCUGGCUCAGAUGGAGCACUCCUCUGGAGAAUCCAGCUUCGAGUCCUCACUGUCUCGAAGCCUCAGCAGGGACAGUAGCCUCUCAAGAUGUUCCAGCGUAUCAGCCUCCUUCGACUGGGACGAGCCAUUCAGGUCCGAGAGCCCCUCCAGAGGAGAAUGUGUCAACAAAAUCGGUGAGCUUCAAGGGCUACCAAUAGCCUUCAACACCCUAGGGGUCCCUGGAAUGAUGAGACGUGCUGCCUCAGAACAGAUCAGUUGCACUCAACCCUCAGUGGAGAUCUCUUGCGACUAUCGCAGCAAGUCCUUCGACUGUGGCAUUGGGUCUCCCAGCAGGUCUCUGCCACCCGACAGGUCAAUGUCACCAUUGGAACUGCGAAAGAGUGCUCAAACCUCCUUGUCUCCGCAUGUACCUCUCAUUGAAAGGCGAAGGGGGCCACUGGUUCGCCAGAUGUCUUUAAAGAUUGGGCCGGAGAGUCAGCAACAUGUCGGGAAUCAUGCUAUCGCUGUCCAGAGGCUCCCCACUGUAAUCUCUAUAUCUCAGCAGAGGCCUCAACAGAUGCAACAGACUGCCAACAAUCCUCCCAUUGCCCAACCUUUUAUUUUGCAUUCUGGAGAAACUCUCCUGCAGCACAACGACAAAAUAGUGCAAAGCAUUAACCUGGGCAGCCAAAGUCAACUGCCUCAAGUUCAUGGUCUUCCACACCCUUGGCACCUAACAUCGAGGGUUCAGACAUGCCAAAAUCUACAGCAAUCUGCAGUUAAUGUCGUGAUCAGCCAAGAAGAUGCUCAGAGCAAGUCUGCUGACUCUCAAGACAAGAAAAGCUUUGUGCCCAAGUACCAACUGCGGUGUCCUGCUCUGAGAUCAAGCAAAACAUACUCCUCCACACAGGGUACUCAGACAACCUUGCCCGUCUUAACAAUACCCAUUGCCAACCGGAUGCAAAGUGUGUCAAAGUCUUCAGAUGUUCUCCACAAUGUCUAUGUGGCACAACCGUGUCAUCAGAUUGUAGGGAAUAAGACACAGUCGAUAGUAUUGCCUAUAGGCCUACAAAACAACCGAACUUCUCAAACCCAGCCAGGUGCUCCCCAAUUGCCACAGAUCCUGAUAACCCAUGAGCUGAUGCACCCUUCUUCUGUGGCCAUUAAAGGCAGCCUCUACAACCUUCAUGUUGUAGAUACGGACACAAAGACCGUACCAGAUAUGAACAAGGACAGGCCUCCAGCAUCUGCUGGCCUUCAAGUAAAACGCAAUUUAGUUUCCAAUACCCAGAGCCAUUUUGGUGAAACUCAAAUAGCUCCCUCCCUGGGCUCCUUACACUGCACCCAGAAAAUGGCAGCUGUGACCCUCUGUCCACAACAGGAGCCCAUUGCCUCAAGCAAGAGAAUGCUCUCCCCUGCCAAUAGCUUGGACAUCGCCAUGGAAAAACAUCAGAAGCGAGCAAAGGAUGAACAUGGUGCUGCAUGCCUCACUGACGGCAGGUCCGUCAACUACCUGAACUCCAACAUGGCAGAGGUGACUAGGCAACGGAAGCUAAUGCUAGUCCGUCAGGUGUGCACCACUGAAUCAGCAGACAGUCCCAUUGAAACUGUGGCUCCUCCACUGCAAUACGAGAAACCAGUGGAUGAAAAGAACGCCCAGACUCCUAAUAACCGCAAGACUAUGACACCUGAAAGCCCCGGACAGGAUGAACCAUCUACUGUAGUUGCUCAAUUACAGCCAAGCUUUGCAUUAACCACUGCUCCAGGAAGUCACGUCUCCUCCGUGCCAGCGAACGCCUGCCUGAAGCCUCAAGACAAGAGCGAGGAACAGAAAUGGCCCCCUGCCAAGUGUCCCAUUAGACCUUCGACUUUCCAUGGACAGGUGAAACUGGCCUCAUCUGUAUCUGUGGUCAACACACGAGACAGCCACCGCCUGUCUUUCCCCAGCCUGAAAACUACCACAACCUUCACCUGGUGUUACCUGAUGAAGAGGAAGCCUCUGCAUGUUCCCCAGAUGGACCAGAAGAUCUCGGCCUACUCCACCUGGGCAGUGAGCCCCAACAAACCCCACCCACUGGGCCUGCCCACCAAGGUGGUGAUGUCUCUCUUCAACUCCAAGCAGAACUCAAAGAAAAUACACUACACAGAGGCCAUAACGACAAGUAUGAAAUCAGACAUCUUGGCCUAUUCAAGCAAGCUGAAAGACGUCAUGCCUAAGGUCCUGAAGCAUCAGAAGUCUCUAACAACUGAGAAUAACAGCAAAGUGAAACCUGAGACUCAGGUGAGCAGUGAAUCAGACAAGGAUUCUUCCUCAUCCAAACAAGAGCCACGGAGAGUCAAGAUAUUUGAUGGAGGAUUCAAAUCUAACGAAGAGUAUGUGUACGUGCGUGGGCGGGGUCGUGGUAAAUACAUCUGUGAGGAGUGUGGGAUCCGCUGCAAGAAGCCCAGCAUGCUCCGUAAACACAUCCGCACCCACUCUGACGUACGGCCCUACCAUUGCACCCACUGCAACUUCUCCUUCAAGACUAAAGGGAAUCUGACCAAGCAUAUGAAGUCCAAGGCACACAGUAAGAAGUGUUUGGAAAUGGGUGUGGAGGAUCAGGAAGCAGAAGACUCGGACCGUAGCCAGGUGGGCAGUACAGACCGCCCAGAUUCAGACGGAGAGGACUCUGAAGGUGCUGAUGAUGACAAUGAAGAUGAUAAUGAGGAAGAGGAGGAUGACAGCCAGGCUGAGUCGGGCCUGUCCACCAACCCCUCGGUCUCAGCCAGCCCCCAGCACAUCCCCUCCUCCCUCCAGGCUGAGCUCCCUCCCAGCUCCCUUCUGGCCCAGUUGUCCAUCCACCACCACCACCCAGCUGCCCUGUCACUCCCCCAGCCCCCUGCCUCCGACUCCCACACCCACGAUGCCUCAGACACAGAAUCCGUGCCCAUGCUGAGCCCCGUCUCCCUGGUCAAGCAGAUGUCCAUCUCCGGAGGCUGCUCCAGCCCCCUGCCCUACUCCCCGCCCCCCCACACAUCCGGCACAGAGUCGGUGCCCAUGAUGAGCCCUGUCUCGCCGUGCAGGCAGAUGUCCAUCGAUUACCCUGACUUUGACGUGCCCCCUUGUCCCCCCGCACCGGGCAAGAGCUGCUCCAAGCUCGGCCAGGAUGGCACUUUGGCCCUGUCAGUGAGUGACCCAGGUGUCCCUGUCGGGACAGAUGUCAGCACUCAGACCUCUUCCUAUGGCCUCCAGACAUCCUCCUACAGCCCCUUGCACUUUCCCUCCCAGGGCCCGACCCAAGGACUAGGGGCCACACAGGGGACCAACACCCACCUCUUCAGCCACCUGCCUCUGCACUCCCAGCAGCCUUCACACUCCCCCUACAACAUGGUCCCAGUGGGGGGCAUCCAGCUGGUUCCCGCUGGCCUGGCAGCCUAUUCCACCUUCGUGCCCAUCCAGGCUGGCCCUGUCCAGCUCACCAUCCCUGCCGUGAGCGUCAUCCACCGGAACACCAGCCCCCUCCCAUUCCCCAACUCCUCUAACUCCCCCGAGCGUGAUGGUAUGGUGAGUCCCUCAUCCCCCGUCAACCAGCCUCUGGUGGUCCAGGAGCCCAUCAGUAGUAUCAUGCCCUGCUUCCCCCUUGUUCAGGUGGCUGGGCUGGGGCAGGUGGCUGGGCUGGGGCAGGUGCCUGGGCUGGGGCAGGUGGCUGGUCUACCGGCCCUCGGGGCCUCCCACCAGACGCUGCAGUCCAUGGGUCUGGAGACUCUGACCCUGACCAGCUCAGAAGGCCUGACCUCCACCCAGCUGCUAUCCCAACAUGGCCUGCAGGUCCUGGCUCACACCCCCACCUCCCAGAGCAGGACAGUCCCCCACCACCACACCCACAUCCCCGGCCUGCAGAUCCUCAACAUCGGCGUUCCCUCCCUCAUCCCCUCCCUCAUCCCCUCCCUCAGCCCCAUCUCUGGCCUCAGUCCCCUCGCCGGACCCUUUGAGAGGCAAGGCAGCCCCGAUGCCCCAGGAGCCCCACGGGCCUCUCGGCCCUCCUCUCAGACUGAAACUGGACCCUCAGUCAGCUGUCUGUCUGCUACUUCCUCUUCCGCCGCCACCCUGAGGGGAAGUCCCGCCCAGGAAUUGGCAUCGUCAUGCAGCAGAUCAGGGCCAGGGGGUUCCAGAGGCUCUGAUGACACACAGACUUCAGAAAAGAAAGAGAGGGUGACAUCAUCGCUAACACAGCCCGCCCCAUCCCCAGCUCCAGCUCCAGCUCCUGACAGGGGUCUGGAGGGGGAUAAGAAUCCUUCAGCAGAGGGAGCCAGUGAGCCUGUCACGCCUCGGAGGCAGUUGAUGCUCUCACGACAGCAGGAAACGGAAGACUACAAUGAUGACUCAGCGUCCAGCGAUGAUGAGGACAGACUGGUCAUCGCCACCUGAAACCCCCAACCGAAUAGCCUGGUUAAACCAGACUGAAUGCUGAGUUUACAAUGGUGAUCGCAACGUUCAAUCUGGUUUACCAGGUUACGUUCGAUCUGGUUUACCAGGUUACGUUCGAUCUGGUUUACCAGGUUACGUUCGAUCUGGUUUACCAGGUUACGUUCAAUCUGGUUUACCAGGUUACGUUCGAUCUGGUUUACCAGGUUACGUUCAAUCUGGUUUACCAGGUUACGUUCAAUCUGGUUUACCAGGUUACGUUCAAUCUGGUUUACCAGGUUACUUAUCAAUGUUCUUAUUUUGUAACGGUUUUCACUUUCUAAGACUGAGAACACUUCAGGGUGGGUUUGUUUCUCUGCAAAUCACCAUUCAAAGCACAGUUUCUGACAUUCAUAUUGUAUGUGCAAUCAUAGAUGCUUAUGAUAAUGAUCUUUUAACUUUUUUUGUCAGCUCCAGACAAUUUUUGUUUUUGUACAUGUUGUAUAGACAAGUGUGCCUUUUUUGGAGUUGCUUGUUUUAGGAACCUGUAAAUAAUACCUUACAAAUACAGUAGUUGCUUGUGUUUUAUUUCGACGAAAUGGAACUAAAUAGAAGAAAAUGGAGGAUACCGGUUUUAUUUUGGAAAGUUUUAAUGUCAGUUGUAAAUUAAUGAGAAAAAAAUGAAUGUGUUGUACUCGGACAUUUCUAUGGAUCUGGGGCGUUGUUUCUGUGUACAGAUGUUGUGUUCAACUAUUUAUUCCAUGUAGUGCCCAUGAUGGUUCAUGUCCAUAGGUAUGUGUAAUAUGGUAGCUUUUCAUUGCAGUAUCACUAUUAUUAUCAACUGUAUCAGUAAAACUUUGUUUACAAACAUACAAGGGGUAUUCAGGUUUUUUGUCUCUGAUGCAUAUAACAUGUUUCCACAAUUUAAUACAAUGAAAAUAAAAUUGAAUUGGGGGAAAAUAUCUAAUUAUGUUUAGAUGAUUAAACAGUAGUUCAAUGCA